CACUCGUAACUUUCCCCUUCUGAUCAUCAUCACCAUCAACUCAGUCUCAAAACGUUCCAAAAAUCUUGCAGAGAAGCAGCACGCCACCACUCGCCGAUCGAUACGCAAAAAAUAAACAUUUUAAUAUACAACUCGUAAGAACAGUCAUAGAAGGUGUAAAAGAUGUUGCGUGUAGCAGCAAGAAGGCUGUCUUCUCUAUGUUCAACGCAGCCAUCGUGGAGACCUAACCAGGCUGCUACCUCGGCAAUCGCGUCGCGGAACCCAAUCAACGGCGGUGAUUCAUCCUCAUCGGACGAUGUUAAAUCGAAAGUAUUGAAUGAUUAUUUUGCUUUUCGGCCUCAAUUUCACAUCCCUCAUAGAGGUUUUUCUUCAGAUUCACUCAUGCCAAAAAAUGAAGAUGGCAUAGUUUCAGAGGUUCCAGCAACUGUGGCAGCUAUUAAGAACCCCACUCCAAAGAUAGUUUAUGAUGAGUACAAUCAUGAGCGUUUUCCUCCAGGUGACCCCAGCAAGCGGGCAUUUGCCUAUUUUGUCCUUACUGGUGGCAGGUUUGUGUAUGCUUCAUUGAUUCGACUUCUUAUCCUUAAGUUGGUGCUGAGUAUGUCUGCGAGUAAGGAUGUUCUGGCAUUGGCCUCUCUUGAGGUUGAUCUUUCAAGCAUUGAGCCAGGCACUACUGUGACAGUUAAAUGGCGUGGAAAGCCAGUUUUCAUCAGGCGCCGAACAGAAGAUGAUAUCAAGCUGGCAAAUAGUGUUGAGUUGGCAUCUCUUCGUGAUCCACAGCCAGAUGCAGAUAGGGUCAAGAAUCCUGAAUGGCUAAUUGUCGUUGGGGUCUGCACGCAUUUGGGUUGCAUUCCCUUGCCAAAUGCUGGCGAUUUUGGUGGCUGGUUUUGCCCUUGCCAUGGUUCACAUUAUGAUAUCUCUGGAAGGAUUCGCAAGGGUCCAGCUCCGUAUAAUCUGGAGGUGCCUACUUACUCCUUUUUGGAUGAAAACAAGUUACUCAUUGGCUGAGGUUUAUACUUUUCUGGACCAUGGUUCUUUUGGAUAUUUUAUUUUUCUUAAAUUUACUCAGAUAAUGCCGAAGAGUUGUUGCAUAUCUUGCUUUGUGCUCCCAAUUACUUGGGACAUGUUUAUUUUUUAGGGAUGUUAUGCAACUGGGUAAUUGUAACCUUUGCUGUUCGGAGUUGCUCUUAAUCCUGAAUAAGUUCCUUCGUAUAGCAUGGAUGCUAUUUUAAAACCUGAUGAUUUUUCAGGAUAGUUUUGUUAUUUAUUUUAAUCAGCAUGUUAUGGUGUGCGCACCAGAUGUUCCUA